UUUUAUUUUUGCUUUUAUUUUGCUUUUUUAAUUAUCUUUGAAAUGUCAGCGCGCACUUUUGUCCAGACGGGCCGCAAGAUCGUUGCCAUAGGCCGGAACUUUAGCGAGCAUGCCAAGGAGCUCGGGAACGCGGUGCCCACGUCGCCGUUCUUUUUCCUCAAGCCGACGUCGUCAUACAUUGAGAUUCCUCAGGGGUGCGUCGUGCAUCAUGAGGUUGAGCUCGGUGUGGUCAUCGGAAAGGCCGGGCGCGACAUCAGCGCGGCCGACGCUUCAGAGUAUAUUGCCGGAUACGCGCUUGCUCUGGAUCUGACAGCGCGCAAUCUGCAGGACGAAGCGAAGAAGAAGGGCCUGCCCUGGUCGGCAGCCAAGGGAUUCGACACAUUCACUCCUGUAGGUUCGUUCAUUCCCGCAAACGAGAUUGCCGAUCCUCACAAAGUGCGUUUGUGGAUUGAGGUUGCGGGUCAGAUCAAGCAGAACGGCACGACGGACGCGAUGAUUUUCCAGAUCCCCCAGCUGAUCGAGCACGUCAGCCGCAUCAUGACUCUAGAGGAGGGUGACCUUCUGCUCACCGGAACACCUAAGGGGGUUGGGCCCGUCCAGCCAGGCGAGCGCGUCGUCGCUGGCCUUGAAUACCAAGGCAAGGAGCUCAGUCGCAUUGAGUUCGAUGCUGUGGUGCGCAAUUGAAUUUUUCAAAAAAAAAACAUAUUUAGCGCGCCGCUUUCAGUGACGUGGACAAAGAAAAUUGGCUGCUUAUUAUAGCCUUAGAGCCAACCAUUAUAAAGACCACGAUGAUUUGCAUGAAACAUUUCUUCCGCUGUGUGUUUUCUUCA